AGUCUGGACACCUAGGGGUCAAAUAUUACAGUUCCUCUUACAUUUUCAUAAAUACUUAUUACGAUACAUAUAUAUGUGAGUUUUAAAAAGCAAAGACAGAAACGUUUUGUACUGACACCGAGUGUUCAGUUAAAAAAAAAUGUUAGAUGACUACGGUAAUUUAUAACUAAAAUCCCAGAAUGCACCGCGACGAACAAUGUGAGACUCUCUGACGGCGGACGUGAAUCACAGUGAAACAUUUGUAGCUGUUUUGCUACAUCAUGGUUUAAAAAGUGCGAAAUAGCGGAUGUUGAUGUGUUCGUGUACCGAUUCUGUUGAUUGCGUAAAGAAGUGGAAAGAUACGCAGGUGUAUUCCUUCACUCGACAGAGACAGAGUUAGGAUUAGUGCUUCCACGUAAGGAGGAAGACAUGAGUGCGCUGGGUGCAAAACGGGAGGGGCCGCAGUUCAUCAGCGAAGCGGCAGUGCGAGGCAACAUGGCCGUGUUGGACUACUGCAGGACGUCGGUGUCCGCGCUGUCCGGAGCCACAGCCGGCAUCCUGGGCCUCACUGGCCUCUACGGCUUUGUGUUCUACUUCCUGGCCUCCUUCCUGCUCUCGUUACUCCUCAUUCUGAAGGCCGGGCGUCGAUGGAACAAGUGCUUCAAGUCGAGGCGCCUGCUCUUCACUGGGGGGCUCAUUGGGGGUCUCUUCACCUACGUGCUCUUCUGGACCUUUCUGUACGGAAUGGUGCACGUGUACUGAGUUGCAGUGUGUGCCACUCAUCUUAGAGACAUCAUUUCAUUUGAGUUUGAAUGUGCAUAAUGCCCCAUGUAGAAGGUGUUUGACUAGUUAAUAUGUGACUAUGUAUAAGGUUGCUCUUAGAAUGUUCUUUAAAAUGUCAAUAAGUGGUUUCAGGGCUUUAAAAUUGCAUCUGUGGUUUUUCCGUGUAUAACUGUCUUUGCGUUUAUGUAGCUAGUAUCUCUAAAAAUAACAUUUCAUGAAACAGUAGCUUGGAGGAAGUGCUAAUCAUUUGGUUUUUUCAGUUUCCUUCUGAAGCUGUCACUGACUACUGUCAGCAUUAAAAAGUUUUCCUGUGAAAGA